AUGUCUCAGACCUCCGAGGAGACGGUUUACGCCGGCCUCGUGGAUGGCAAGUCUGCCUCCGAGUUGACUCUCAAGAAGCGUCCAUGGAGGCGCUACGUUACACCCUUUGAGACCAUUCUUGCCGGUCCUUACAAGGGCAGCGGCACAGAUGCCGACCCAUACAUUAUCGACUGGCUCAUGGAUGACCCCGAGGACCCCCAGCGCUGGCCCAACGCGUGGAAGUGGGGCCAGGUCUGCGUGACCUCGUUUGCCACUCUUGCCGUUGCCCUGUCAUCGUCGGCCUACUCGGGCGCCAUCAAGUCGCUCAUGAUGCACUUCGGAAAGGGCGCUCUUUUCUGGACUGCUGGUGUUUCUCUCUUCGUUGUUGGUUUCGCCUUUGGCCCCCUGUUCUGGGCUCCAGCCUCCGAGGUCUACGGCCGCCGCAGGAUCUACAUCAUCUCAUACAUCUUCCUCACUCUCUGGCAGGCCGUCACUGUCGCGUCGCCCAACCCGGCCUCCGUUCUCGUCUUCCGCUGCCUCGCUGGCCUCUUUGGCUCGUCGCCACUGGCCAACGCCGGCGGUACCGUGUCGGACAUUCUGGACGCCAAGCAGAUGGGUCUCGGUAUGGCCCUCUUCUCGGUCGCUCCCUUCCUUGGCCCCGCUCUCGGUCCCAUCACAGGUGGUUUCCUUGGUGACGCCGCCGGCUGGCGCUGGGUUGAGGGCUUCCUCGCCAUCUUCUGCGCUGCCGUUCUCAUUGUCAUCUUCCUCCUUUCGUGCGAGACCUACGCGCCCAAGCUUCUCCGUGACCGCGCCAACACCCUCUCCAAGGCGACGGGCAAGGUCUACCGCUUCCGCGCCGACGCCGUCAAGCCCUUCUCCGCUCGCGCCCUCUUCAAGGCCUCGCUCGUCCGCCCCUGGAAGUUCCUCUUCCUCGAGCCCAUCGUGCUCAUCCUUUCGCUCUACAUCGCCAUCAUUUACGGUAUCCUAUACCUCAACUUUGCCGCCUACCCUAUCAUCUUUGAGCAGAACCGCGGCUGGUCGACCGGUAUCGAGGGUCUUGCCUUCCUGGGUAUUAUGAUCGGUGCCCUGAUGUCCGUCGCUGUCACCAUCUUCUUCACCAACCCCCGCUACAUCAAGACCAUCACCGCCCGUGGCCACCCUCUUCCCGAGGACCGUCUCCCCCCUGCCAUGUGGGGUGGUAUCGUCAUUGUCAUCGGUCUCGCCGGCUUUGCCGCCACCAACGGCCCCAACGUCCACUGGAUCGCCCCCAUCAUCUUUGGCAUUCCCUUCGGCAUGGGCAUGGUCGUCCUCUUCCUGUCGUGCAUGGGCUACCUCGUCGACGUCUACACUGUGUACGCCGCAUCGGUCCUCGCUGCCAACUCGGUCCUCCGUUCGCUCUUCGGUGCCGCCUUCCCCCUCUUCACCUCGGACAUGUACAAGGCUCUCGGUAUCCACUGGGCCGCUGCUCUGCCCGGUUUCCUUGCUCUCGCCUGCCUGCCCUUCCCAUUCCUGUUCUACAAGUACGGCGCUGCCUUGCGUCAAAAGUGCAAGCUCGCAGCGGAAGCUGCCGAGCUCUUCGCCCAGGUCAUGGCUGCUCGCAAGGCUGCCCUCGGUGGCGGCGCUGCCGACACCGAGAAGGGUCCCGUCCAGGCCAUGGAGCCGGAGGAGGAGGACCCGGCCUACGGCAACCCCGAGAUCUACGACCUGGAGCGCAGCAUCUCCAUGACAGAGGAGAUUGCCUCGCCAGAGAUCCGCCCGGUGCACCGUACCCUCACGAACAUGUCGAGGGUGUCGCGUUCGUAA